GUUUGUGGGAGGGCUUGCCAGAGAGGAAUGCUGGGAGCCAGACCAGAGGUUGCCCGGCUCUGGGAAGCAGACAAUAUUGGCCCUGGUCAGCAGCAGCUAAGCCCAAAGGAAACUGCAGAGUCGAAGCGCAGACACCGUGGCGCCCCAUGGCAGAGGAGGCCCCAAAGGAGAAAGGGCUGGAGAGCAGCGCUGCUCCCCAGGAUGACUUGCAGGGCCUCCAGGACAGCGUUUUCUCCUCCGAAAGUGACAACAGCCUGUACUUCACCUACAGUGGCCAGUCCAACACCUUGGAAGUCCGAGAUCUCAGCUACCAGGUGGAUAUGGCCUCCCAGGUACCUUGGUUUAAGCAGCUGGCUCACUUCAAGAUGCCCUGGACAUCUCACAAGGACUCCUGUGAGCAGGGCAUUCAGAACCUGAGCUUCAAAAUGAGGAGUGGACAGAUGCUGGCUGUCAUAGGGAGCUCAGGUUGUGGGAGAGCCUCUUUGCUGGACGUGAUCACCGGGCGAGGCCCUGGCGGCAAGAUUAAGUCAGGCCAAAUCUGGAUCAAUGGGCAGCCCAGCACAGCGCAGCUGGUGAGGAAGUGUGUGGCCCACGUGCGCCAGCAUGACCAGCUGCUCCCCAACCUGACCGUCCGGGAGACCCUGGCUUUCAUUGCCCAGCUGCGCCUGCCCAGAAACUUCUCCCAGGCCCAGCGUGACAAAAGGGUGGACGACGUGAUCGCGGAGCUGCGGCUGCGGCAAUGCGCCAACACGCGCGUGGGCAACAUCUACGUGCGGGGCGUGUCGGGGGGCGAGCGGCGCAGAGUCAGCAUCGGGGUGCAGCUGCUGUGGAACCCAGGAAUCCUUAUCCUGGAUGAACCCACCUCUGGGCUCGACAGCUUCACGGCCCACAACCUGGUGAAAACACUGUCCAGGCUGGCCAAAGGCAACAGGCUGGUGCUCAUCUCCAUCCACCAGCCGCGCUCUGAUAUCUUCGGGCUGUUUGAUUUGGUCCUCCUGAUGACGUCUGGCACCACCAUCUACCUGGGCACAGCCCAGCAUAUGGUUCAGUAUUUCGCCGCAGUCGGCCACCCCUGUCCGCGGUACAGCAACCCUGCCGACUACUAUGUGGACUUGACCAGCAUUGACAGACGAAGCAAAGAGCAGGAAGUGGCCACCAGGGAGAAGGCUCGGUCCCUUGCGGCCUUGUUUAAAGAAAAAGUGCGUGGCUUUGAUGACUUUCUAUGGACAGCAGAGUCGAAGGAGCCGGGUGUGGGCACUUGUGUGCAGAGCCCGGCACCUGACACCAACCCAUUCCAGGCUCCCACUAAGCUGCCCGGUCCCCUACAGCAGUUUGCCAUACUGAUCCGUCGUCAGAUUUCCAACGACUUCCGAGACCUGCCAACCCUCCUCAUCCAUGGGGCGGAGGCCUGCCUGAUGUCCCUGAUCAUCGGGUUCCUCUACUACGGCCACGGGGCUGUCCAGCUCUCCUUGACGGACACAGCGGCCCUCUUGUUCAUGAUCGGAGCUCUUGUCCCUUUCAACGUGAUCCUGGAUGUCAUCUCCAAAUGUCACUCGGAGAGGGCACUGCUUUACUAUGAACUAGAAGAUGGGCUGUACACGGCCGGGCCAUAUUUCUUUGCUAAGAUCCUGGGGGAGCUUCCCGAACACUGCGUCUACAUCAUCGUCUACGGGAUGCCCAUCUACUGGCUGGCCAACCUGCGCCCAGGCCUGGAGCCCUUCCUGCUGCACGUCCUGCUGGUGUGGCUCGUGGUCUUCUGCUGCCGGGCCAUGGCCCUGGCCACCGCCGCCCUGCUGCCCACCUUCCACAUGUCCUCCUUCCUCGGCAACGCUCUCUACAACUCCUUCUACCUGACUGGGGGCUUCAUGAUAAGCUUGGACAAUCUGUGGACAGUGCCCGCGCUAAUUUCCAAGGUGUCCUUCCUCCGAUGGUGUUUUGAAGGGCUGAUGAAGAUCCAGUUUGGUGGGCACGCUUAUUACAUGGAAGCUGGCAACAUCACCAUCCGUAUCCCAGGAGACAUGAUCCUCAGUUCCAUGGGCCUGAACUCUUAUCCGCUCUACGCCAUCUACUUCUUUGUCAUUGGCAUCAGUUGUGGCUUCGUGAUCCUGUACUAUCUGUCCUUAAGGUUCAUCAAACAGAAAUCAAGUCAGGACUGGUGAUUCACGCCCAGACUCCUGCCUGCUGGUGGGGGACUCGAGAAGGCCCUUCAGCUGCACUCCGUUCCUCCCAAGGAGCCCCUUCCCAGACACGGGGAGGCCCAGGACUAAGCUCCGCUACAUCCGGUCCACACCGCUGCAGAGGCACAGGAUGGCCACAGGAUGGCAGUAGAAUAAAGACAGUCAGAAGGGAUUUCUGAUCACCAGCUGGAGCUUGAGUUUACUGGGAACCUGAAUACCAUGCCUGGGGGACACCUACAAUGUCAUUAAUUUAUUUCCUUUUGAUAUAUAUAUUUGUAUAGGCAACUAAUACAAGAUGGGAGCAAAUUAGGUAUGAAUCAAGGAGUUAGGCCAUGUGGAAACAGUAACAUAAUAGCUAGUGGAGUGUUUGGCCUCAUCUUCCAGGGUCCCCAAACUCUGAGCCAUUCUCAAUACAGAAAAUGAUCUAAAACAUACCAGUGAGAUGCUGUCUCUUCUUUUGUAUGGGGUCAUGUGCUCCAAGAGCUAAACUGAACAAUUAAAUAUUUAUUGAGCAAUUGCUCUGCGCCAGAUUCAGGGCAGAACACUCUUUUAUGUGGAUCACAUUAUUCAGUUCUCUGUUAAAACAACCCUUUGUGGUAGGCGGUAUCCAAUUUUGUGGAUGAAGAAAUAGAGGCACAGACUGUUUACUAAGUAAGGUCAUAGGCCUAAUAUGUGGUGGAGUCAUGUGAGGUCAGAAAGGCCUAUAGGAGUUAGUGGGCAGAAGGCAAGUCCUGGGCCACUGUAAGGCUUGGAAGCCCAGAAAGGCUCCAGAAGAUAAAGAGGUUUAUAGACACUGUGUCAGCUCAGCCGGGCCUCUCAUGGUACAUCUCACCUCUCUGGCUGUCUUAGACCAGCCUGGAACCUUUUGCAGUGACUGGUCAUGUGUUUCCUGUCUGAGCUUUGAGGACCAGCUGACCCAAAACAGAUACCCAGAAAGCAAAGAGGAAGUUAUCUUCAGAGGAAAACCAGAGUCUGAAACAACAAGAGGGAGCAAGGUAGAUGGUUAGGAGGCAAACAGUGAAUGUUCUCCUCGGGUUUCCUAGACCAUCACUACUUGAAGUGUGAGCCCUGGGCCAGCAGGUCCUGCCUGGGAGUUGGUUAGACUGUCAGUAUCUCAGGCACCAGCCAGACCCACUGGAUCAGAAUCUGUAUUUUGGAAAGAUCCCCCGGCUUCCCUGGUAGUCCAGUGGCUAAGAAUCCUCCUGCCAAUUCAGGGGACUCAGGUUCGAUUCCUGGUUCAGGAAGCUCCCACAUGCCUAGGGGCAGCUAAGCCCAUGAGCCAGAACUACUGGGUCCACAUGCUGCAACUACUGAAGACCACGCACCUAGAGUCCAUGCUCUGCAACAAGAGAAGCCACUGCAGUGAGAAGGCCUGUGCACUCCAACAAAAAGCAGUCCCUGUUUCCUGCAACUAGAGAAGGCCCACAUGCAGAAAUGAAGAUCCAGCGCAGCCACAAGUAAAUUAAAAAAAAAUAUCCCCGUCCAAAAAGUAAAUAAAUAGAUCCCCAGGUGA